UUGACAAAUUGGAGAGAGACAUGGUAUCUCAUCAGGCCGAUUAUGGUUUCAUUGUGGCUACCUGUGAAGGGGACAAAAUCAUUCGAAACGAUAAUUCAACCGACCAAGAACAAAAAUUGAAAAAAAUUGAGGAGUGGGCCAACAGUAAGUUGCCUAAAUAUAUAAUUGACCUACAAAAACAAUUAGAAAACCAAGAAAGUGCAGUUAAUGCGAUUAUUGACAAAGCCAAUAAAAUAAAAAAAUUUAAAGAGGAAAUUUACCGAUUAGCCAUGAGCAACAUGUGGAGACAUCCCGAAAAAGAUGCUCAAAAAAAUGUUUACCCAGUUAAUAGUAAAUUUUUAUAUGAGAAGAAUGAACUUAAAAGUUUUAAAUAUAUAAAAAUUGGAAAAAAUAAGGAGCAAGAAAUCAAAAAUUUACGUAAUGAUGUUGUUAUUGGUGAACUAAAAGGAAAGAAAGACAUAUUUUUUUCUUAUAAUUCAUGUGAAUAUCCUUCUUCUCUUGAUAAUUAUCUUACUUUUAAAGGAGGAAUAGUAAUAAAAACAGUAGGAGAAGAGUGGGUUUUUCCUACUAUUAAUGAAAUUGCAAUUUCAUUUCCAAAUCGUGAAGAAAGAGAUGAAAAAUACCAAGAGUUUGAAAGCAAAGCGUAUUGCUUGGUUGAAGGAGUUGAUUGGGAAAAAGUCCGAAUGGGUUCCAAAGAUUUGAAAAUAGAAGCAUUUAGUAAA